AUGACGGCAAGCAAACUGAAGCUGCGGGAGCGGCGGUGGCGCGCGAUCACGGGGCGGAUCCUGGCCGGGCUGCGGCGGCACGGCAACUACAGCCUCCGCGUGCGCGCCGACAUCAACGAGGUCGCCCGCGACGCCGGCUGGGUCGUCCUCCCCGACGGCACCGCCUUCCCCUCCUCCUCCCAUUCCCAGAAUCCCAGUUGUAUUUGGGAAUUUGUACUCGAAUUUUGGUGGCCGUCCAUGGGCACGGAUGUACUGUACACGCAAAGGGCACGGGAUCAGGAGCGGAGCGGGCGUUCCGUUCCCGCCUCCCGGGGCGUCGUUUCUUCCCCGCUCGCCGCGCGCCCCAUCUCCCGCCGAGCCGCCGCCGUCGCCGGGCCGUCGUACUCCGCGCUCCGCUCCUGCUCCUCCCUCGCCUGACGCAUCCCCGCUGCUCGCCGUGC